AUUGAAGCUUAAUGUAGCUCGUUCACCGCCGAAGGAUGCUGUCAAGUCAUGGAAAGGCCUUAGGCUUACAUAAGCAUCUGUUAAUCAGCAAUAAAAUUUUAAGGCAUUUUAGCUUAUGCAGUUCUCUUAGAUUUAAAGAACAGCAAGUUCCAUCUUCAAGUAGAAUUGUAAUUGCUGGUGGAGGCGUUGUAGGAUGUUCUUUGGCAUAUCAUUUAGCUAAAAGAGGUGUCAGCGAUGUUGUACUAUUGGAACAAGGACAAUUAACUUGUGGUACGACAUGGCAUGCUGCUGGUUUAAUUGGCCAGCUUCGUGGAACUUCUAUUGAAUCAAAAUUCUCGAAAUAUGGUCGAGACCUUUACACUGAUUUGGAAAAAGAAUUAGGAAUAAGUUGGAAAGAAUGUGGGUCGCUAUAUUUAGCAAGAACUGCAAGCAGAAUGACUUAUUAUAAAAGGGCUUUUGUAAAUGCAAAGGCCAUGGGUAUACAUGCUGAAGUAUUAUCACCAUCGGAACUUAAAGAAAAAUGCUCCCUUCUUAAUCCUGAAGGGUUGAUAGGGGGUGUGUGGGUCCCGUCUGAUGGAGUUUUAAGUCCCUCCGAUUUAACAAUGGCGUAUAAAAGUAAAGCAAAACAACUAGGAGUAACAAUUCAGGAGCAAGUCCGAGUCGAAGAAAUUCAAACUAAAAACAAUAAAGUGUCCGGAGUUGUAACAGAUAAGGGACAAAUCGAUUGCGAAACUUUUGUUAAUUGCACAGGACAGUGGGCAAGAUUCUUAGGCGAAAAAAGUUCACCUAAUGUUCGAAUACCCUUACAUUCAUGCGAACAUUUUUACAUUGUUACAAAACCAUUUGAUGUUUAUCCAAUGAUGCCUGUCAUAAGAGAUUAUGAUGGAUCAAUCUAUGCUAGAGAAUGGAGUGGUGGAUUGUUAGGUGGUUGUUUUGAAGCUAAAGCUAAGCCAUGCUUUCACGACGGCGUGCCAGAGAAAUUUGAAUUCGGUCUAUUACCUGAAGAUUGGGAUCACUUUGGGCCAAUUUUAGAACAACUCUUACUUAGAUUUCCUUCAUUACAAACUGCACAAGUACGAAAAAUGUAUAACGGGCCAGAAAGUUUUACUCCAGACGGUAAAGCGAUUUUAGGUGAAGCUCCAGAAAUAUCAAAUUAUUUCAUUGCCGCUGGUAUGAACUCAACUGGAAUUGCCAAUUCAGCAGGAGUUGGAAAUCUGAUAUCAGAUUGGAUUAUAGAUGGGGAUGUAAAAGAAAAUAUUUUACCUUUAGACUGCCGACGUUUUGUAGACUUACAUAAUAAUAGAAAAUUUUUAAGGGAUAGAGUUAAGGAAAUCCCCGCUUCUCGAGCUGGAAAUAUCUUUGAGUUAAAUCGAGGAAGAAAACUCAGACUUUCACCUCUAUAUUGUCGAUAUGAAAAUGAUGCCAAAUUAGCACAAAUGAUGGGGUACGAAAGACCUGUUUAUUUUGAAACGACGGCAAAUGGAGACUCUUAUAAAUUGGCCAGUGGAGCCGAAAGUCCAGGAUGUUCAAAUUCACUUGAAGUUCCUAGAGAGCCUACUAAUGCUUACAAAAAGCCAAACUGGUUUGAAAAAGUACAAACGGAAUAUCGUGCAUGCAGAGAAGGAGUUAGCGUUAUUGAUAUGUCAACUUUUACAAAAUUUGAAUUGCAGUCAGCAGAUAAAGAAGUUGUUGAUUUUCUCCAAUAUGUUUGUGCCAAUGAUAUUGAUGGUGAAAUUGGCUCAGUCGUUCACACUGGAAUGCUUAACGAAAGAGGAGGUUUUGAAAACGACUGCUCUAUUAUUCGAUUGGCCAAAAAUAGAUUUUUUAUGGUAGCUCCUACCACUCAACAAACCCGAGGACUUGCUUGGUUAAGAAAGCAUUUACCGACAGACGGAUCUGUUCAGGUAUCGGAUGUGACAUCCAUGUACGCGGCAAUUAAUCUCCUUGGCCCAAAGGCACAUGCAGUUUUGUCGGAACUUACUGAUAUUUCGCUGUCUUCAACAAACUUUAAGGCAAUGAGCUGCCAAGUAAUGGAUGUUGGUCAGGCUUCUGGAAUAGUUGCUAUGCGAUUAACUCAUGCUGGUGAAGAUGGUUGGAUGCUCUAUGUUCCCUCGGAAUAUGCCUUACAUGUAUAUGACUGCAUUUUAGAUGCAGGAAAAGACUAUGGAAUAAGAAAUGCAGGAUAUUAUGCUUUAAGAACAUUAAGAACUGAAAGAUUCUUUGCAUAUUGGGGAACCGAUUUAUCACCAGUAGUAACUCCAUUAGAAUGUGGUAGGGAAUUUCGUGUGAAAUUUGAUGGUGCGGACUUUAUUGGUAAACAAGCUCUUAUCAAACAAAGGAAGGAGGGCAUUAAAAAACGUCUCGUUCAAUUCGUCCUAACCGAUCAUAAUGUUGAUCACGAUAUUUGGCCAUGGGGAGGAGAGCCUAUUUACAGAAAUAAUCAAUUGGUUGGAUGGGUAACUUCUGCUGCUUAUGGAUUUACUCUGAAGAAACACGUCUGUCUUGGAUUCGUAUCGAAUAAAGAUGGAAAAUCUACAGUCACAAAUGAAUUUGUUAUGGAUAAGAAUGCCAAAUAUCAUAUUAAUAUUGCAGAUACACAUUUUGCAGCGAGACCUCAUAUUUUACCCCAAAAGUUGUAA